AGCAUAGCCGGAGACGUGCAGGAGAUUUGCGCAAUCGCGCUGUGUCUAAUGGACACUAAAGCGAGAAGUUGCCCUCUAUGGAGUGUACAUCGGAGGAGGACAAGGAUGCGGCGGCAGUGACGCGCGCCGAUUUUUUUUUGUGAAAGUUUCCCCUCCCCCGCCAUCCAUGUGAAGACGGCCGUGAUCGCUCUUGUCUUCGGACACCCGCGAUAUCGACUCGAACAAACCGAUUAGGCGUCACACAAGAUGGCGUCAAACGAGGACCCAUAUCUCAUCCUCCCGGGCUCGUCGGCCUACUCCGACUUCCGUCUCCAGCGCCUAGCCCAGGCCAUUGGCGCAAAGGAAGUGCGCUCGCUCUGGGUGCACUUUGUCAACCCCCUCAAGCAACUCAGCGACGACGAGUUGAAGACACUGCAGCAACUCCUCCACUAUGGCGAGUACCCCAGCAGCGACGACCGCCUUUCCCAGGCCCUCCUCGACGCCGUCCACCGCGGCGGCGAACCUCGCGACGCCAACACGGUCCUCUUCUACGUCUGCCCACGGGCUGGCACCAUAUCGCCAUGGAGCUCCCUCGCCUCCAUGAUUGCGCGCACAUGCACCCUUGAGAAUGCAGUCAAGCGCGUCGAGCGCGGCAUGGUCAUCGCCGCCACCUUCGACCGCACCCUCGAGGCCGACGAGAUCCCCAACCGCGACCACCUCUACGACCGCAUGACGCAGACGAUAAGCCGCACCGCCCCGAAUCUCGAUGCCAUCUUUGGUGAGAGCGAGCCGGCCCAGGCGACGACCAUCAAGUUCGACGAGUACAACAGCGCCCACGCCGCCCUGGACCACGCCAACAGGGAGCUGGGCCUGGCUAUGGACAAGUCCGAGAUUGACUAUCUCGUCGAGGCCUACACACAGGAGCUGAAGAGAGGCCCGGUCGACGUCGAAUUGUUCAUGUUUGCCCAGGUCAACUCGGAGCACUGCCGACACAAGCAGUUCAAUGCCGAGUUCACCGUCGACGGCAUGCGCAAGUCCAUGUCGCUGUUUGGCAUGAUCCGCAACACCCACCAGAAGCACCCCAACCACGUCGUAAGCGCAUACAGCGACAACGCUGCCGUCUUGAACGGCGAGGAGGCCAGCUUCUGGGCGCCCAACGAUCUCACAGGCGAGUGGCACGGCACCAAAGAGACGGUACACAUCCUCUGCAAGGUCGAGACACACAAUCACCCGACCGCCGUUUCACCGUUCCCGGGAGCGGCUACGGGCUCUGGAGGUGAGAUUCGAGAUGAGGGAGCUGUCGGAAGGGGUUCCAAGCCCAAGGCCGGACUGGCAGGCUUCACUGUGUCUGACCUGAACAUCGAGGGCUUUGAGCGCCCAUGGGAGCUGAAAGAUGUCGGAAAGCCUUCGCACAUCGCCAGUGCCCAGGACAUCAUGCUCGAGGCACCCAUCGGCAGCGCCCAGUUCAACAACGAGUUCGGUCGCCCAUGCACCACGGGCUACUUCCGCACCAUGCUUAUGCGCGUCUUCACAAACGAGAAGGAGUCAGAGUUACGAGGAUACCACAAGCCUAUUAUGCUAGCAGGUGGUGUCGGAACGGUCAGGCCACAGCACGCGCUCAAGGACCCGGACGUUGUACCAGCUGGCUCGCAUCUCCUCGUCAUCGGUGGACCCGCCAUGCUUAUCGGUCUCGGUGGCGGUGCGGCAUCCAGUAUCCAAUCCGGCGAGGGCAAGGUCGAUCUCGACUUUGCCAGUGUGCAGCGAGGCAACCCCGAGGUGCAGAGACGUGCGCAAGAAGUCAUCGACGCAUGCCGCUCAAUGGGCGACAAGAACCCCAUCCUCUUCAUUCACGAUGUCGGAGCGGGUGGUCUGUCAAACGCACUUCCCGAGCUCGUUCACGACUCUGGUCUUGGUGCCAUCUUUGAGCUACGCGAGAUAGACAACGUUGACAAGAGCAUGAGCCCACUGCAGAUCUGGUGCUGUGAGGCUCAAGAGCGGUAUGUACUUGCAGUCAGUCCUGAUCAGCUCGACCUGUUCAAGCGCAUCUGCCACCGAGAGCGAUGCGGUUACUCCGUUGUUGGCAAAGCGACCAAAGAGCAGCGUCUGGUGCUGAAUGACAGGGACUCCAAGGAGAACCCUACACCCAUCGACCUUCCAAUGGCUACACUGUUUGGAAAGCCACCAAAGAUGUCGCGCAUUGUUGAGAGCCGCAAGCUGAGGCUUCCUGCUUUUGACAGCAGCUUGUCAAUGUACAUCCCUGACACGCCUAAGGAUGGCUUGGUCGCUGAGGCCGUAGACCGAGUUCUCACUCUCCCAGCUGUAGGAUCCAAGUCUUUCCUUAUCACUAUUGGAGACCGAACUGUGGGCGGCCUUACCGCUCGCGAUCAGAUGGUUGGCAAGUGGCAAACCCCGGUGGCUGAUGUAUCGGUAACAGCUACAUCGCUGCUGGCUGGUGUCAAGACUGGCGAGGCUAUGACUAUGGGUGAGAAGCCUACACUGGCGCUCAUCUCCCCAGCAGCAUCCGCCAGGAUGGCUGUGGCGGAAUCUCUGAUGAACAUCGCUGCAGCGAGUCUCUUCGAUAGGCUUGCCAGAGUCCGACUCUCGGCCAACUGGAUGUCCGCAAGCAGUCAUCCCGGAGAGGGUGCAGCUCUGUACGAGGCUGUUGAGGCCAUCGGCAUGGAUCUUUGCCCUAAACUUGGUAUAUCUAUCCCCGUCGGCAAGGACUCAAUGAGCAUGAAGAUGAAGUGGUCGGACAACGGGGAGGCCAAGGAAGUUACUGCACCCAUGUCGCUCGUCAUUACGGCGUUUGCACCUGUCAACCGCAUUGACCGAACCUGGACGCCCGCCCUGGAGAGAGUCGAAGACGUUGGUGAGACGAUUCUUAUGUUUGUCGACCUAGCAGCGGGCAAGAAGCACAUGGGCGGCUCUGCUUUGGCGCAGACAUUCGGGCAGGUUGGCGACGAAGCGCCUGAUGUCUACGAUGCCGAUAUCAUCAAGGACUACUUUGACGCUAUCGAACAACUCCAUGACUCUGGAAUCGUCCUCGCCUACCACGACAGGUCUGACGGUGGUCUCUUCACAACCCUCGCUGAAAUGGCCUUUGCCGGACGAUGCGGUGUUGAGAUCAUGCUCGAUGGCGUCGCCUCGUCGAGCGAGCCCAAGGACGUACUGGAAACACUGUUCAACGAAGAGCUCGGAGCUGUCUUCCAGGUCAGAAAGAAGGAUGAAGUUGCCUUUAACCGCUGCUUUGCAACUUGCGGACCACCUCCAGGUAUGAUCAAGAAGAUCGGUCGUGUCGCAGAAGCGCCCAAACAAGACGUUUCCUUUUAUGUCGGCACUCAAUGCGUUUACCGCAACAGCCGCCAGAAGCUUCAGCAACGCUGGGCGGAGACCUCGUACCGGAUGCAGAAGCUUCGUGACAACCCUGCUUGCGCCGACACCGAAUUCAAGAGCAUCCUCGACGACAAGGACCCUGGUCUCUCGUACAACCUCACCUUCAAACCCGCUGAAAAUAUCCUACCCUUCAUGUCUAACCUCAAAUCACCUUUCACUGCCAAGCCGCGUGUGGCCAUUCUUCGCGAAGAAGGUGUGAAUGGUCAAGCAGAGAUGGCAUUCGCUUUCCAUCAAGCUGGAUUCACUGCCAUUGAUGUACACAUGACUGACAUCAUCUCUUCACGAGUCUCACUCGCUGGAUUUGUGGGUCUUGCAGCCUGCGGUGGUUUCUCCUACGGUGAUGUACUCGGCGCAGGUCAAGGUUGGGCAAAGUCCGUCCUCUUGCAUCCCAACACACGCAAAGAGUUCCAAACCUUCUUCAACCGCCCAGACACCUUUGCUCUUGGUGUCUGCAACGGCUGCCAGUUCAUGAGCAAGCUUAAGGAACUCAUUCCUGGUGCGGAGUUAUGGCCAAGCUUCGAGCGCAACGCAUCCGAGCAAUACGAGGCGCGUGUCUGUAUGGUUGAAGUUCUCGAUCCCAAAGGACCCAACACACCACCAUCCGUCUUCUUGCACGGCAUGGCCGGUUCCAAACUUCCCAUUGUCACCGCACACGGCGAGGGACGCGCUCACUUCUCUAACUCGGCUUCUUCUGUCUCCAGCCCACAAACCCUGUACAACGAGAACCUCGUCUCCCUCCGCUAUGUCGACAACUACGGAAAGCAGACCGAGACAUACCCAUACAACCCCAACGGCAGUCCAAUGGGUAUCACCGGUGUGAGGAGUACCAAUGGAAGGGUGUUGGCGCUCAUGCCGCACCCCGAGCGAACCAUCUUGAAGGAGGUGGGUAGCUACAUCCCACGGGAUACCGAAGGAUGGGGUGAGCUCGGCCCGUGGUCGCGCAUGUUCAAGAGUGCCAGGCGAUGGGUCGGUUAAAGUGGAUACUCGAUGAAAGAUAGGAUUUCAUAUGCAUUGGAGUUGGCGUUACAGGCGGAUUCACCUUCGGUUUUCACGAUACACGAAAAAUGAUAGAUCCUCAGUUCCCAAAACGUCCGCCAAUAUACAAAAAGUGAAGCAGUUGCCCGCCUCAUCUUCUAUUACGCCAGUGCUCGCCUUGUGUAGCAAACCGCCACGAUCCAGCACACUCUCUCCGUCCUUUCCUUGCGAGGAACAAAAAGGCGCAAAAACAUACAACAGCGGGGAUUCGCUAGUGGUCACCCACCUAACUACUAAUCCGCCGGUACACUGCUUGUAUAUGGCUGAGCGGACGGGAAGCCUAAUUUUCAG